GCCGCGCGGAGCACUGUGGGAUAGCGGCGGUGUGCGUGUGGGAGAGACGGGGAGGGAGGGGUACCGCUAAACCCCGAAAUUAAACAGCAGCCCCGCAACGGGGAACGAGAAAACAUCAUGGCAGGGAUCAUCAAAAAGCAGAUCCUCAAGCACCUGUCUAGGUUCGCAAAGAACCUGUCCCCCGACAAGAUCAACCUGAGCACCCUGAAGGGGGAGGGGCAGCUGUCCAAUCUGGAGCUGGACGAGGAGGUUCUGCAGAACAUGCUGGACCUGCCCACCUGGCUGGCCGUGACCCGGGUCUACUGCAACAAAGCUGCCAUCAGGAUACAAUGGACAAAGCUGAAGACCAGCCCGAUCUGUCUGCUCCUGGACAAGGUGGAGGUGGAGAUGAGGACGUGCGAGGAGCCCCGCCCCCCCAAUGGCCCCUCCCCCAUCGCCAUCACUGCUGGGCAGAGUGAGUAUGGGUUUGCAGAGAAGGUGGUGGAAGGCAUGUCCGUGCUCAUUAACUCCAUCACCAUCAAGGUCCAGGCCCAGGCCUUCCACGCCUCCUUCGAGCUCUGGCAGCUCCAGGGGAACAGCCUGAACCCCAAGUGGCAACGGAGCGACCUCCGCUACACCCGCAUCACCGACCCCCUGCGCGGAGAGGUGCUGACGUUCAAGGAGAUUAACUGGCAGACCCUACGGAUUGAGGCUGACGCCAUGGAGAGCGGGGAGCAGGAUCUGGGCAGCACCCCCCUGAGACUGAUCACUAACCAGGGCCGCAUCCGAAUCGCCCUGAAGCGCCGGGUGAAGGACUGCAACGUGGUUGCCUCGAAGCUCCUCUUCAUCCUGGAUGACCUGCUGUGGGUGCUGACCGACUCGCAGCUCAAAGCCAUGAUCCGCUACGCCAAGUCCCUGAGCGAGGCCAUCGAGAGGUCAGCCCAGCAGAGGAAGAGCAUGGCCCCUGACCCCCUGCAGAGGGUGCCCACCUCCCCUGGGGCCCUGCCUCCCUGGAACGAGCCGGCCCCCCACGCUGCCCCCCCCAGCGGGGUCCCCAACAGCCUCAGCCAGUACUUUGAGCAGCAUGACGUCAAGGAGUCCUCUUACCACACCCUCAUCUCCAGGCUGGACCUGCACAUCUGUGACGACAGCUCAGACAGCGAGGCAGGUGGGCAGCAGCCUCGAGUGGCCGGAGGAGCCAUACAGCUGACCUUCCACAAGCUGGGCUUCGACUACUACCCCUUCCACUGGCCCAGCGACGGCUGCCGGCACUGGGAGCGGUACUGUGGUGCCAUGGAGACGCGGGCGCAGUGGGUGAGCAAGCUGCUGCAGGACUUCCAGCGCCGAGCUGAGGGGCAGGACAGGCAGACGGGCUCCCCUGUGCAGGGCAAGGGGACCCCCACCGGCACCCAGGACGGAGGUUCCACUCCGAAGUCCAGCCCUCCGGACCGGGCCCAGACCCCUCGCCGGACCUCUGCAGCCCUGCCACCCCACGGACUGCCCUGGAAGAGGCUGCGGUCCAGCUGUUUGCUGAUCAGGGUGGAUGAUCUGGAUAUAUACCAGGUGUCCAGCAGGGGUCGCCACAGUAAGAAGCCGCAGACCCUGGUGUCCUGCAACAGAAAGUCCCUGCAGCUCCCUGACAACGUGUCAGCCAUUCACAUCCAGUUCACAGAGUACUACUUCCCUGACCACUCCCAUCUCCCCGUGCCCUGCUCCAACCUGUAUGGCCAGCUUAACGGGCUCCAGCUGACCCCCGACCCGCUCAGUCUGCUCUGGAUCAAUCUCUUCUCACUGGGGCUCCUGCACAGCCUGGAGCAGGUCAAGGCCUUCUACAAGCUGGAGGAUUCUGGGAAGGGGGAAGAGCAUGUCGACAUGCGCAUGGACAUCUGUCAGCUCAAGCUGGUGAUCCCGCUGGAGUCCAGAAUCCUGGACCACCCUGACCGGCCACAGAGGCUCUGUGUCCAAGCCUCACACUCCGUGUUCACCAACACGCGGCACUGUGCCCACGCCACGGCAGCUGACCUGCAGGGCAUCUGCCACUCCUUCAGCCACUGCCCCUUCUUCCAGCCUGCGAGGGGCACCCCCAGAUUCCCCAGAACCAGCAGCAGCUUCACCCCGCUCCCCUCCGCCUUCCUGCAGCAUGCCCUGGAGGGGGAUGGAGCCCCGGAGCCGCUGAGCAGGAGGAAACCCCAGCGCUACCAGGACGUGUGGUCCCUGCACCUCUCCGGGCUGGCUUUGGACUUUGAAGGGGCACGUCGGAGCCCCAAAGGAAAGGCUCUGCCCUUCAUGGAGCCCUUGGCCAUCUCCCUCUGGAUCUGCCGUCCGGGGGCCUUCCACAUCAAGCCCCACCUACCUCCCUUUCCUCCAGGCUGUGGCUCUAGAUUGAGGGCGUCUGCAAGCUGCAGUAACCAUAUCGACCCCGGAUUAGUGACGGACAGGCCUGGGAAGCACCUCAAGUCCAGAACAGUACAGGAUCUGGAUUUGGGGUCACCCAGGGAUUCUAACGAGAAUGACUGGCCAGCACAGAACGGGGCAGGGCAGGACAAGGAAGCGGGGCAAAUGGAGAUGGCCUCAAUCCACAUUUUGGCACAAGCCUUGUCCCCUAUCAGGCUGCGGCUGAACCACUAUCAAUACGUGGCUCUCUUGAGAAUGAAGGACACCUUUUCCAGGCUGGGGGCCGAGUUAGCUCAGGACACGCUGGGGCUGAGGGGCGAGAAGGUGGAGCCCCCUACUGUUAGUGUGGGGUUACUGCUGGAGAGUGCUGAAGUAGCGUUGCUGCUGCCUCCUGCAACUCUUGAAGAGACUUCCCCAGGAAGCACGGAGAGCCCCAGCCUGACUGAUUCAGAACUGUCCCCAGCAAAGGGGCCCUUGGUCGCUGCCGGACUGGAGGACAGCGGCAUUGGGAACGCAGGCUCCUCGGAGAAGGAAGACGGCGACGGCGCCACAGCACCCCCUCCUGUCGAGGAGGCCUGCGAGGCUGUGGAAGCCCUGGAAGAUACAGGCCCCUCCUCCCCAUCCCCGUCUCUAAACCCUCCCCUUCACUCCCGAGACAACUCCUCCUUCAGCCUGGAGGGGGAGCUGUCGAGCGCACUCACCGCCACCAAGGACGUCACUAAAGAGGCGAUGACCAUGACCAUGGACCUGACCAAAGAGGCCGUGUCCAUCACCAAGGACGCCUUCAGCAUCCUGAGCCGGGAGAAAAUGGCCUCUACCAUGCACAAGAUGCUGUUCGUGCCCCCAGCCAGAGAGCAGCCCUCUCGUCUCGAGGAGGCCCCCUCAGCCCCUGGGAGGCUGCGUUUCCUCAACAUGACGCUCUCUCAAUCCCAGCUCUCCUUGGAUAGCGCCUCGCUGGACGCCAGCCUUCCUGACGACCGCUUCUCCAUAGACAGCGACAGCAGCGACAACUUUGUCAUCCUCAUGGACUCCGAGUCCGGUUCGGAGUCCUUGCGCCCGGACAGCGCCCCCUCUCUGCGGGCGGAUCACGGGAGCCGUGACAGUCCAGCACUGGGGACGGAGAGAGACUCGUCCCCUGAUCUCAGCAGCUCCCUGUCCCAGAGCAUGGAGGAGCUCUGCCAGGACAAGGUGUCUGUGCUACUUCUCCGGCUCAGCGAUGUGGGCUGCGCAGUCGAUAUGAAGGGGGAUGACCUGCUGGUGGCACUAGAGGCUCGGGAUGUGGUUCCUGAACAACUGGGCAACGUGACCAUGCAGCAGCUCCUGAGCGGACGCGCCUUGGGAGUACCGUGGCCCCGCAGGACCCCUUCCUCAGAGCCGCAGGAGACUGUGAUGGGGGCCCCUGUGGUGCAGCUGCAAUUCCUGAUUGGUCCCGCAGCUGCAGCACAGCACGGCCCCCUGGCUGAAACCAACGGCUUCCUGCACCUGCGGGUGAGAGGCUGCACGGCGGAGCUGCUGACCUCCUCGCUGGCCAGCCUCGGUCCGUUCCUGGAGGACGAGCUCAGCGCCGACCUGCUGCCCAUGAGGGUGGAACUGGACAGCACCACGGUCACUCUCAAGGAUGACGGGCCUCUGCUGUACCCCACCUCCCCGAGGCCUGUCCCAGUCAUCUUCUCUGUGGAUGGGCUGGCUCUGGAGCGUGCUGACGAUGGCAUCUUCUACCUGCGAGCUGCGGGCAAAGAGUCACAAGAGCAGGCCAGCAACACAGCUGCCUCACUGAAUCCUGACAUCUCUACCCCAGACCAGCUCCAGAGAGCCUUGGACGAGGCACAGGCAGCUCUUGAAACAGCCAACGCAGACCGGGAGAGACUGCUCCAGGAGAUUAGGAAAUACAACCCUGGCUUUGACCUCUGACCUCUGAUCUCCAGACCACUCUACCCCCACCCCCCUCCCACCCUGAACAGACAGCUGUCAUGCUCAACAGCACCAGAAGAGAGAGCCAUGCACUACUAGAACCCAGCAGCCUUGCCCUCUGAGCAGAUAGCUGUCAUUGCAAUCCCCCACCAGGAGGGGGAGACCUUGAUCAACAGCUUUGGAGGUGCCGUUGGGGGUGGCUUGUGGGUGUGCAAACGCAGAGCAAGAGAAACAUAGCCGUGAGGGUUAUUAACCUAUAGGGGUGGCUGAGCAGGAAAAAACAUGUUCACUGUUGGAAGUAACAUUGAGUUUGUAUGGCACUGUGAUAUUUGUUAAGCUGGCAGUAAGGUUGAAAAAGCAGCACUGCUCCCUGUAAGUUGUGGCAAUGUGUUAGGCUGAUUUCUGUGUGAAGCAACUGGAGUUGUCAGCGAGGAGAAAGCUUGUUUGAGAUUGAGGGAAGGCGUCACUAGCGGAAAUGUUCCUGUGCGGGGGUCUGAUGCAUCAGGCCUCCUGCUCAAUCUGCAUUGAUGACUUCAUCUCAUUAGAAACUUGUUUACAUAAAUAUUCUAACGUGAGGAUGAAGUACAGUAUUUUGAAAACGACAAAAAGGGUGCCAUUUAUUAUUAUUAUAAUUAUUAUUAUUAUAAUAAUAGUGUUUUUUUAUGUUAAAUAUGCUAUGACUGAAAAAAAUUCAUGUUUUGGCAGCUUUGCAACACAGUUUGAACAUCCUACUGCUGAAUUGAAUGCAGCACUGUCUUUACUUGACCAAACGAUCACUCCUGAGAGAAACUUUUCCAAUAUGAAGCUGAGAGAGACCUUUUAAAACCCUGGACUGCUGGAAACCACAACUCUGUAAUUGCCAGGGACUGCUGGUGCUGUAUGAAACUAGAACUAUGGGAUGUCUGUCGUAUUUGUGCUUCCCUGAUGAGGAAGGGAACAGUGAAUACAGCUGGGAAUAAAGAAAAAAACAUUGA